AUGCCUGGAGAGCAGCCCCGCGGAGCACCACCACCAGCCAUGACCAGAGGCCUGCAAUCCUGCCAGACAGCCAGCGGCAUGGCCAGCGGCACAGCCCCCCAGCCCCUCGGCGAGGACAGUGCCCUGGCCAGCAGGACCCCCAAGGCCAGGAGGGAGCCGGGCAGUGGGACCCAAGCCAUGGAGCCCCCUGAUACCCAGCCUGGGCCGGCUAGGGAGGUGGAGCCCAAGGCCACCCUCCAGAGAGCCCAGCCCCUAAGCAGCCCCCCCAGGAAGGGCGGUAGCCCCCGGGCCCCCCUGGGGAGGAGCCUCAUACAGGCUCCCACAGGGCACACAGACAGGGCAGACAGCAGCCCCCAGCAGCUCUAUACGCUGAGCGUUUCGGGCUCUAGGGCCAGACCCGCUCUGGAUGAGACCCCUGAGGGCCCACAGCGGGAGGGCCCCCGGCCCCCAGAAGCAGAGGCCCCUCCUGCCCCAGAAGAGCUCAGCUUCCAAAGGUGCUUCCAGGAGACACCCUCCAGCUUUACCUCCACCAGUUAUACCUCACCGAGUGCCACCCCGGGGCCCCCACCCCUAAGGGCCCCCCAGAGCAGUGACGCCAGUCCCUGCAGGCCAGCCUCCUAUUCAGAAUUCCAGGCCAGUGGGGCCGAUGCCUGGCUUCCCGCUGCUGAAAGCAACUUCCCAGGUGCUAGUUUCAGGGUCCUUCCCCCAGAACCGGAGCCCUUCCCCAAAGGCGGCAGCCCCAGGGUGGCCUCCUUCCAAAUCCCCUUCCCAGCACUGCCUGGGGCUGGCCCAAAGCCCUUCCCCGAGGACACGGCGGGGCCUGAGUACUCUGAGAGGGCCCUGGUGUUUGCCUUCCACCAGCCUCGGGGAGAAUGGCAGGAGGAGGCAGUGGGCACAGGCGUGGCCUACCCCCUGCCCACCCAGUCUGCUCCCCCACCCCCGUCCUGCUUCUCCAGCCAGCCCGGGCACCUUGACCCCACCAGUGACCUCGGCCGUGCUCUCCCCACAACUGGUGCUGCUCGCCCGGUCCCCAGCCCCUUCUCAGAGAGCACGGUCACCUUCCCAGACAGUUUGCACAAGAGCCUGACCACAGCCCUCCCUGAGAGAUCACCUUCAGCCCAAAAUGGACUGGGGAGCCCCAGGGGACCCCCAAACUCUCUGCCCCAGAGACACUUUCCAGGGCAGGCUUAUGGAAGCCCGGGGGCCAGUGGCGUGGGCACCAGUCCUAGUUCUCUGGACACAGAGCUGGCCAACCCUGGGCCCCCGCCCGCCAGGCUGCCCCAGCUGUGGGAUCCCACCAGAGCCCCUUACCCCACUCCUCCUCUGGGCCCCCCAGGCACCACCAGGAGUGUGUUCUUUGAAGGCCAGCCCAGCUCUGGACAGAGGUUUGGCCUUCCCCAGAGCCCCCCGCUGCCCUGGCCCCAGGUGCUGCCGGCCACCAGGCCCAGCCCCCAUCAAGUAGAGAUGCUGAACCGGGUGCCUUUUUCCCCAGGGACCCCUGAGUGGCAGGGGGGCUGCCAGGUAGCCCUGGGUGCUGCCAGCAAGACACCUGGACCUGGGGAGAAGCUGGUGCUGAGAAACAGCCCCGGCCAGCACAGCAGCAGCUCCCCAGGGCUGUUCACCUACAAUGGACUGCAGGACCCUGGAGCCCAGCCCCUGUUCUUUGGGGUAGCACAGCCCCAGGUCUCACCCCAAGGGACCCCCAGCCUGCCCCCACCCAGGCUGGUGGGAGCCUCUCCCAGUGAGUCCCCACUGCCCUCACCUGCCACCAACACAGCCGGCAGUAGCACCUGCUCAUCACUGUCACCGCUGUCCAGCAGCCCAGCCAACCCCAGCUCGGAGGAGAGCCAACUCCCCGGCCCACUAGGGCCCUCUGCCUUCUUCCAUCCCCCCAGUCACCCCCAGGAGAACAGUAGCCCCUUCCCAUCCCCUGACCCCUCACAUGCCCUCCCCAUCCACUACCAGCCAGAGCCAGUCAAGACCUUCCCUUUCCCCACAGAGGUGCUUGGGGCUGAGGGGACCUUCAAAUGCCUGGAGGAGGUCCCAUUCCCCAAUGCGGUCCCCGAGGUGGGCAGUGGGCGGCUGGAGGGCUUCCCCCGGGAGCCGCCCCCCUACUCUGCCCACCACUUCUCCCUCAGCAGCGCCAGCCUGGACCAGCUGGACGUGCUGCUCACUUGCAAGCAGUGUGACCGGAACUACAGCAGCCUGGCCACCUUCCUGGAGCACCGGCAGUUCUGCAGCCUACUCUUGGCCAGGACCAAGGACAGCCGCCAGCAGCCUGCAGAGAUCCCCAGGCCUCCCGCUGCCCCCUCUGUGCUGGCUGCCCCCAAAGCACCGGCCCCCGGGAACCCCAGCCUUCUCAGCCACGCUAAGACGGUCCCCUUCCUGCUGGGGGGAGACCUCCGGGUGGAUGGCAAAGAUGACCCCCUGAGGACAACGUUCUUGCCCAGCCUGACCUCUGCCCCUUUCCCACUCUCCACUGCGGACCUGGACCUGGAGGACGAUGCCAAGCUGGACAGCCUCAUCACCGAAGCACUCAACGGCCUGGAAUAUCAGUCAGACAACCCCGAGAUCGACAGCAGUUUCAUCGACGUCUUUGCUGAUGAAGAACCUUCUGGCCCCAGAGGUAUCAGCGCUGGGCUGCCCCCCAAGACCAGGGUGGGUGGAGCCAUGCCAGAGAACAAAGCCCACCCCCCGCUCCCAGCCACGGAGUCCCAGGCCCCCUGCCCUGGGGAUGGGGGCUACACAGCCUGCAGCCGGCCCAAAACGCGAUCCUUGGGCCCAGUGCCUGCGGAGGCAAAUGGGGCCAGCCUGGCCAGCCAGCAGAGGAGAGGGAAGCGGUUUAAGUUUUCCCAGGGAGAACUGGGCACAGCCAACACUGCCAAGAGGUCAGGCAGGGGCACCAGAGCCUCCUGUCUGAGGCCCAGGAGGAAGGGAAACAGGGCUGAGCCAGCCCCACACCGCUCCUGGGACCUCAGGACCCGAGCCCUCAAGAGCCACACAGACCCCUGUGGAAGGCUCCUCCCGGUGGAGACCAGGAGCUCUAAGCGCCUCCGACUGUCCCUGCGGAAGGACUCCAGGAGGAGGAAGGCCUGGGGUGGCACCUGGAGCAAGGAGCUCAUCCACAAGAUCGUGCAGCAGAAGAAUCAGCUGCACAAGCAGCAGGCACAGCUGCAGGAAUAUGACUAUGCUUCAGAGUCCGAGGAAGAGGACAACGUGCAGCCACGGGGCUCCCGCCUCAGAGGCCGGCCUCGCCACGGCCGCCGGCGGUGGCGCCGAGGUGAGAAGAGGAAGGAAAUGGACUUAAGCCUGAGUCCCAGAGAAGAGCGAAAGCAGCAGAAAUCCAGGAAGGUCGUGAGGCCGGAAACCACAAAGCCAGGCGGGCCUUGCCUAGGCCCCAGUGAGAGCCCUGAAGGCCAGAGCCCACUGCAGAGCCCUGAGAUCAUAGACAGCCCUAAGGAGAGAGACCCCAAGUGUCUCCUGCAGAUUCCCACCAGCACCAAGACCCCAGAAGAAAACCAUCCAUCGCUGGACUUCCCUCAAGAAGAUGUUCCUCCUGACACCACAAUGUUUCUCAGUGGCACUUCAGGCUCUCCUCCGUCCACCUGUGUGGAAGGAAGUCCCUGUUCUCUAACCCCCGAGCAACCACAAUCACGCAGGGAGGACACCACGGUGCCCCACGGGAGCUCAGCAGUGCCAGGUACAGGCAGUCAGCUGGGUGUCCCCCCGUGCACAGAACCCCCCAUCUCUCAUGACAAAGAGGACCCCCCUGCCUGCCUGCCAGGAGAAUUGCUGGUCCCCAUCACUAACACCACUGCUGCCUACCCCGAGCCCAGCACCCUGUUCUUAAAGACCCCUGAUCUUGGGUGUGACUCUGCUCUUUUUAACAGAGACUCCCUGGUUUCAGCUGCCAAAACAGAGCCCCAGCCCUACAACAGUCCCCCCCGGAAAUUGCUCCUUGGACCCAAAGACCUGGCUGGCUGUCUCCCCAAAGACUUGUACUCCGAGCCCUUGGAUCCAGACACUCCUGCAGCCAGUAGCAUGCACCUGUGCCAGGAGAGUGUGGACUCCAGUUCCCUCAAGCCAAAACCUGCUGGGAAUCCCCCCUACACAGUGGACACGGACCCAGGCAAAGCCGAAUCACCACUGACCUUGGAAUCCACGCCCCUCCUCUCGGGGCUGCCCAUGGACGACUUUGACCCACCGAUCUACAGCAGCCUAUCCGAAAACGGGGACACACAAUCACCGUCUACAUGCAUUGAUCCACCCCCAAGGAAACCCCAGCUGGACCCACCAUACCCCUCAUUUCUGCCUGAGAAGGGCUGGUCUCUGCUGGAGGAAGUCUCCUCAAUGCUAUCCAGCCACCUGGAUCAUUCUCCUGACCUCUCAGGAGCAAAGGCAUUCAGUACGAAGUGUCCUCCUGAAAGGACAAAAGCCGCCACCCCUCCCCCUUUGCCGUGCAAGAUUAACGAGUGUAGCAUCACUUUUAUGAGCAGCCUGUCUGAGGAUGAAUUAGAGAUCAAAAGGUUGGUCACCGAAUUAGAAAGUCAGCUGCAAAGUAAAAGUGUGCAUGAGGCCCCAGGAGAGCCGGGUGGAGCUCAGCCCACAGGCAGAAUGUGCUCUGGCACAGGCACCCCGCUGCCCACCCAUGAGGCUGCUUCACCCCAAAAGGACUCAUUCUCCACAGCUGACCUCACUGAUCUUGGGGAGUUGAGUCCACACCAGGAAGGGACAGAAACAGCCAUGGACACCACAGAGGGGACCCUCGGGAGCCCCCAGGAGGAGUGGCCCUCGUUUCACCUGGGAGAAGCAGCCCCUCCCCCUGCCUCCCACCAAGACCAGGUUUCUGGAGCUUCUUUCAGCCUCACUGGGGCUAGCCUCAGUUUCCAGCCAGUGCAGAACACCAGAGUCUCCAGCAGAGGGCUCCCUGAGGCAGAAGAGGGCUGCAGGGGCUGCCCAGAAGCCUGUCUGGACCCGGGAGAGCCACUCAAACCCCAGUCGGACGGAGGGAAGUUAGUGAAGAGCAGCCCAAACCAUGAGCCUUUAUUUUUCAAAAAUAACCAGUCCACCGGACUCCAUCACAAUGAAGACAAACUGCUGCUCCUUCCCUGCAAGGCGCGGGGGCCCGGCCAAGAGGACCCUGAGCUGGAGGGGCUCAGCAGUCCUGUUGCCCAUUUGGCACCUGACUUGGCAUUUCAGGGUGCUACAGUUCUGCAUCUGGGUGCCACUCCGCCUUCUGGUACCAGGCACAGUGAGGUCCUCGAGGGACAUUCUCUAAGCAGUGCAGAUGGGACAGAAGAAACAGGUCCCCUCCACCCUGCAGCAGGGAGCCCUGGCUCUGAGGGUAACAAGAAGGUUGUGCCAGCAGGGGCCUCCCCAAGUCCUGGCUUCAUGCCUGACAUCAGUCCUGGCACGAGGCCCCAGGACCCAGCCAAAAGCCCCCUAUGUCAGCUCCAGCUCCUGGUGGCCAGAGCAGCUGAGAAUGAAGAUGAUGACCAGAACUUACCAGGGCCCCAACUUGCCAACACCCAGAGCCCUCACCAGAGCAACCCUUCAGAUGUGGAAGGGGACAUCAUGGAAUGUGGGGAUGUGGCCCACAGCCCUAGUAAGGGUUCUGAUGGGGGUGUGCAGAUGACAGCUAUCUCCGAAAUGGCUGGAUGUCAGCUGAGGCCUGAGGCAGGUGACCAUCUGAGCUCACUCGGCCAAGCUGAGAAGCUCAAAGACCCGGGCGAAGCCAGCCAGCUGCAACCAGAGAACUGGGGGAACCUGGGGAGCCCAGACAACCUCGCCACAGUUAAUGCCGAUCCUGAAACUACACAAGCCAGCCCCGCUGGGGCUGCAGACCAGCUAGGGGGGCAGGUCCAGGGAAGCAGACCGAAUGUGGGACUUCAAAAUGAGGCAGAGUCCACUCCCAGCCCCUGCUCCUCUGAUGUGGAAUCUUUAGUCCCGGCCUUGACAGCAAACCAUGCCCAAAAUGGGCCUGAGGACUGGACUCCAGAGGCGGCCAGUCCAGGCCUUAAGAAACACCUGCUACUCACUGACGAGAGCCCAGAGCUCCCCAUGAGAGACCUGGCCAGCUGUGCCCCCUUACCCAUUUCUGCAGCCACCCCUGUUCCCUGCAGCCUGGAGCACCUGCUCCAGGAAGACCCGCCCACAGUGCCCUCAGGUGAGCUGAGGGGACUGCUCCCAGUGUCGCCAUCGCUCGGGGACCCUACCAGCAUGAAGCACCUGCCAGCCUAUUCCUCUGCCGGUACAGCUCUAAAAGGGGCUGACUGCACCCCAGCUCCCACAGAUGCUAGGGCUGGAGAGUCCCUGGCCACCUCUUCAUCUUUGAGGACAAGCCCUUGUUGCCUCGAGGAAAGCCUGGUUUGCCACUCUCUCCCAGGGGGACGGAGCCCACUGAAAGAUGCUUCCGCGGACCAGCCCCGUCUCAGCAAUGCCUUCAUUUCCACUCAUGAGGGGGACCACCCUGAAAGCCACAUGUCAGGAUCCCUAGAGGGUUCUAGGAAAGAGGGGCUGAGAGAAUCUCCUGCCUAUAACAUCCCUUCUCCCCCAUCGAGGGCCAUAUCCCCAAGAGUAACCAUCCAGGCUGCAGCCCUACCUGGCAUUCCUGCCACAGAUGGCAUGGGAGCAGUCAGAGGCCCCAGGGCUGAGUGGCCAGACCCCCACUGCAGGGGAGCACUACCCCACAGCAGCCCAGAGAGGACGCCCGAGGGCCCCCCCUCAGAACACUCAAGACACAGGGACGGCCAGAGCAUCACCACUGUGCCCGCUGACGCUUCCUCCCAGAGGACGGCAGGGCCAGAGCCUCGUGCCUGCCAGGAAGGUGAGGCCGGAGCCAGCACCCAGGGCGAGGAGGACCUUAAGAUACCUGGGGCUGGGUGCCCUGGCAUUUCCAAGGCCUCAGUAGCUGGCCCAACAGUCGCCUGCCCUGGUGAAGGGCUCCAGCAGGACAAAGCCACGUCUCUGAGCAGCACAGCCAGCAACUCCAGGCCCAACUCCCCGCAGAGCCUCAGAAACGUCCCCCAGCAGGUGCCCCAGGGGGACCCUCUAUGUCCCCAGGACCCCAAACAGAAGGCUGGUGGCUUUAAAAACAGCCCCGUGUCUACUGAGAGCAGCUGCUGGAAGAAUCGAGACCACAGCGGGCGGCCUGUGACCUGCGAGGUCUGCUCAGCCACCUUCCGAUCCGGACCAGGCCUAAGCCGCCACAGAGCCAGGAAGCACAAGCUACAGGCAGUCACCUCCCAGCCAAGCCCCCCAGCCCCGGCUGCUCCCCAACCUGGGGAGCCUGCAGCCCAGAUGAAUCAGCCCCCUGGGGGAAAAAGCCGCAGGGCACCUGGGAAGGAGAAACUGAGGCACAGGCUGAACAGCCCCAGCCUCACUGCUGGGUCACCUUCGGUCCAGGUCUCCAUGGCUCCUGAGGAUGACUCGGCUCCCAAGGUGUCCAAGGGGCUCAGGAGGGGGGCCAGCAUUGUGAGAACACGAGUCUGUCCCCCCAGCCGGGAACCACACACCCCAGGCCUGGUCAAGCCGGGAGUGGGCUCAAGGCCUGCAGAGCCCAGAAAACGGGAUUUGCAGCAGAGGGAUGGCCCCUGUCCCAAACGGGCAGAGGGAAGAGGAGGCAAGAGGCGGGGUAGAGCGCCCAUGGACAUCCCCCGCGAGCCAGAGGGGAAAUCAAAUAAGAAACCGAGAAAGCCGAGAGCGAGAAGGUUCCGGGAGGAGCGCGGUCCUCCAGUCUCUCCAGAUGUGAUUUCAGAUAGAAGCCACUGGAAUCCAUCAACUGCAACUGUCAAUUAUCCACCCCCUCUGAGCCACUGCCUCUCACAGGAAGCAGAGCAGGAGACUGAGGUCACACAGCUGCCUCUCCUCCUGGCCACAGAACUGGAGGGGACGUCUACACAGAAGUCACCUGGGAAGUUGAUGGCACCUCCAGGGAGAAUGGAGCGGGUGCCUCCUGCAGAAGAGACGAGGGAGCAGAAGGCAGCCUUGGCAAGGGGUUCCUGGGGACCCAGAGAGACCAGGACAUCGGAUGUCUGCAGAGAACUGUCAGGGGCAGCUGCGGGUACACCUGCAGGGCACAGCAGUGCAACUGAGACUGAGUCAGGGCAAGCUGAAGAGCACAACCCCCCCUGGGGACCCUCAGGCUCCCCAGAGACUUGUGGUUCUGAAACAGGUGACACCAUCAGCAGUUGCCUCCCGGGCCCCUUGGACCCCUGCAGGGUCCAGGAGCAUGAAGGUGUCACUCCUGAAGCCCCCGGCCGGGGUCUUGGGGACCCUCUGAGCUUGUUUGAUGACGAUGCCUCCUUUUCCCAGCUCUUCCCUCUGGGCAACCACUUAACUCGGAAGAAGAACCCCCGAGUCUAUGGGAAGCGCUGUAAAAAGCCAAAGCCUCUGCCACUGCCAGAGCCCUGGGAGUUCCAGAGCAGUGAAACUCUGCCCUCUGCCCACAUGCCCACAGAUCUCAGUGACUCAGGCUCCCUCUGCCUGUCCCUCGAGGACCCAUGGAGUGACGAGACCAUGGGCCUACCUGAGUCCUUCCUCCUGGAGGGCUUCCUUAGUAGCAAGAUGCCUGGCAUUGACCCCUGGGCCCCAGGACCCAGCCUAUGGGCCCUGGAGCCUGGCCCAGAGGCAGACGGUGCCAAGCAGGAACCCUCCUGCAAUGCCAAGGACCACCCGUCGGAGAACAUCCCUGAGCUGCACAUGGUCCCGGCGGCUUGGCGAGGCCUGGAGCUGCCGGCCUCCGCUGAUGAGGCCGCCUUUUCUCUUGGGGACAUGAGCCCUGAGCCUCCCAACCUGGAGCUGGAACACUACAACUGCGGGCUCCCGGGGGAUGCCUUAGCUCUAGAGGGGCUCAGCUUUGAGAUGCAAGAUAUAUGCUUUCUGGGACCCUGCGAAGACCCUGUGGCUCUCUCCAACAUGAGCUUCUUAGACUUCAAGGCCACAGUGACCUCCCAGGGGUCACAGAGCAAAAGGACAGAGGAGGGGGCCAAGGCCAAAAGGGCCCCAGUCAGAGACGGGAAUGCCAGGGCCAAGGGGACACCCUACAAGUGCAGGGUGUGCUUCCAGCGCUUUCAUGGCCUGGGAGAGCUGGACCUCCAUAAGCUGGCCCACAGCCCCUCGCCGCCCCCCACCUGCUACAUGUGUGUGGAGCGCAGGUUCGGUUCUCGAGAGCAGCUGAGGGAGCACCUGCAGGAGAAGCAUGUGCAGGGCCGGGCGGGGCUGUGGGCCUGCGGCAUGUGCCUGCGGGAAGUGGCCGAUGUCUGGAUGUACAACGAGCAUCUGCGAGAACAUGCCCUACGAUUUGCCCGAAAGGGGCCAGCACGGAGGUCCCUGGGAGACCCAUCUGGACGCUGGGAGGGGGACGGCACAGUCACACACUUCCUGAACAGCAUGAUGGGGCAGGCAUCCAAACCACACAGGGGCAAGUGCUCAACUGGCCAGACAAAUAGGAGCCCUGCAGAGAGGGAGAGGGCAAAAUCCAAAGCUCGUACCAAAAACUCUAAACAGGAUGGCACUUUGAUGCCAGACAGCACCUCAGCCAAAAGCAGUCCAUCAACCUGUGCAAACCCAGCUCUGCCCAGCAGUUCUGCCACUCUCCCUGGCUCCACCAAGACGUGCCCCAGCUUGUCCCCUGCACCCUGCUCCGACCGAGAGCCCCUACCCCACACCAACCCAAUGCAUCAGGACUGCAAGGACCCCUCCAGAGACUGCCACCACUGCGGCAAGCGGUUCCCCAAGCCUUUCAAGCUGCAGCGCCACCUUGCGGUGCACAGCCCGCAGCGCGUCUUCCUGUGCCCCCAGUGCCCAAGGGUCUACCCUGAGCCCAGCGAUCUUCGUGCGCACCUCGCCAGGGAGCAUGGGGUGAGGGAGGAGCUGGAGCUGCAACACACCCCACUGUAUGACUGUGAGCUCUGUGCCAACGUCACCCACAUCAGCAAGAGGUCCUUCAUCUGCAGCUCUUGCAACUACACGUUCAUCAAGAAAGAGCAGUUUGACAGACACAUGGACAAACACCUGAGGAGGGGGCAGCAGCCCUUCAGAUUCCGCGGGGUGCGGAGGCCAGGUGCCUCUGGGCAGAGGACCUGGGAGGGCUCGCUACCUAGUAAACGGCGCAGAGUGGCCACGCCCAGCAGCGCCCCUGGCCUUGUCGUGGACAGCUCUCUGUCUCUGGGCAGCAGCCUCACCCUGAACGAGGCAUCCAUGCCAGCCCUGCUCCAGCCCUGCCUAGAGGCAGCUCCUGGUGGCACCCAAGGUCAGCCCAGGAGCCCAGAGAGGUCCAUGGAUCUUGAGGGCCACCUGGCCAAGGGCAACAAUCUGCCCUUUGACUCCCAAGAGUUUAUUCUCCCAUCCCUGUCUUCUUUCCCAGCAGUCUCAGCUGAUGGCAAAGAUGUCCACAAGCCAGACCAAGCCCUGGAGAGCCCCACAGCUGAGGCUUCCCCAGGCAUCCCUGGGCCUCUUCUCCAGCAGGCUCUCCCUCUGGAGGGAUUUCUACCCCAUCCAGGGGCCAGAGGCCAAGCCUCAGAGAGCCUAAUCUCAGGGAAAGGCAGAACCCCAAGUGCCCCUGGCAAAUAUGCUUCUGACAAUCACCCAGAAGCCUCCUCCAUGCUCCGGAAGGAGAAGCAGGUAUCCACGUGCUACAUGGUGUCUCAGGGGGAGAAGGGAGUCCCCUCCCACAAGGGGAGCGCCACCAAGCACUCAAAGGACAGGCCAACUCUGUCUCUCCUCAGCAAAGCCCCCAAGUGCCUGGUGCAAUCAAAGAAGGCCAUGGCCAGCCUAAAACCGGGAGAGCCAGCCCGUGGCACUGAGGACAGGCAGAAGGCCACUGCCCUCAAACCCAAGCCAGGCCCCAGCUCCCAGGGCAAUGGAGGCCCACAGCACAGCACCAAGACAGCAGGUGGCAGCCAGCCUCAGCCAGCCAGUGGGCAGCUCCAGAGCGAAACAGCCACUAUCCCAUCCAAACCCAACGGCCCAGCCCAGAGCCCCGCCCCAGACAAGCCCCCCACUCGAGCCCCAGCCAAGGGCUACUCCAAGGCCGCAAGGGAAGGUGGUGACCAGGGGCCCCAAGGAAGCCUGGUCCCCAGGGAGGACAGGGAGGGCAAAGAGAAGAAGAGAAAGGGCCGGGCCCUGGAUCCAAACAAGAGUGAAAGUGUGGGGAGCUUGGGAAGAGCCCCUUCAGUGUCUGACAAACCCCGCCGGGCUCCCAGGAAGCAGGCUACUCCCAGCCGUGUGCUCCCUGCCAAGCCCAGGCCCAGCAACCAGAGCAGCGUUACACUGUCUCAGCCCUCAGAGCAGCAGAGCGGGGAGCCCAGCCACACACACCGGGACUUCAGACGCAGCAGAGACGGACUAGGCAAAGCCUUUCCCCAGGCGAGACCCCUGCACAGGACCCCCAAGAGGGGCAGAGCUGUCCGAGGUGCUGAACAUGCCCAUCGCCAAGCCUGCUGGACUGCUGAAUCCCAGAACGAUCUCCUCAGCCAGCUCUUCGGACAGAGACUAACCAGCUUCAAGAUCCCUCUAAAAAAGGAUCCCUCUGAGUAA